AUGAUCAGAGCAUUGGCGGCCCUCAGCCUUUUGAUACUUUUGGUGCGACCAGCCCAGUGCCAUGUUGGUACCCUUCGAGUGGACGAAAACGAAAAAGAAGCCGAGCAGUUAGCCAAGGAGGCAUUUGGAACAGUGCUGAGCACGCUCUUGGUUGGACCGGAAAAAUUCAACAAUGAUCUCGACCGCAAAUUGCAAAUUCAAUACGUCCCGUGCAAUACGGUAAUCCAGACUCUGACUGCCGAUGAGAUCCGAACCAUGGUGAUGGCACUGAUGCAGGAGCAAACAAAUCUUCCGGAAGCGGCGAUUUUCACGCUGGAUAACGUGGUAUUGGGGCGUCUCAAAUAUGAUGUUCAGCUGUGGAAAGUCUGUGGCCGAUGCUCGGAUUUUGAGGAUGAUUCCUUGUAUCCCAAAGAUAUCGCUUGUCGCCCUCAGGACUAUGGAUAUAAUGCCAUGCACUCGGGAUUGUUGGUGGCCCCGUACGAUGCCGUAAAUGACAGGCUCAUUCCAAGGACACUCCCUGUCAAUAUUGUACCCGCCACGGCAGUCGAGCCUCCCAGUGAAACCAGCAUCCCCAUCCGAGAGCACCCUGCCUUGUUGGGAGCCCUGGUCACGUCCGUUACAAGGGCCUACUCUCUGCUACCGGAUCACAUUGGAAGAGCCGAAAGUUCUGAAUAUUAUCGAGCAUUUCUCAUUAAACAAUCCGUCAUCACAUCCGUCGUGCCAUUGAUUUGGCAAUCCGAAAAGCUUGUGGCCGAGCAAUCCGAUUGCACUUCGGCCAUGGCAAAUGCCUACAGUCUAGCUGGAUACAGUCAGGGAGGCUAUGCGGUGAUAGCUAUUGCCGAUGUUCUGCAACGCAUGGGCAAACAUGUCAUGGCAGUAUCCGCGGGCGGGGCACCCUACCAGCUGUCGUCCGAAACAUUGACCUAUUUUGUGCGAACGGUGAACAGUGGACGCCCAGCAAUCACCUUUUUCAUUACAUUGGUUGCAGCAGGUUUAUCCUCCACCACAACGGAUGCCUUGAAUUAUGGUACUGGGCAAGACUUCCUAGCCAGCGAUCAGCGAGAUGAGUUUGUGGCAAGAGUUCAAACAGUGGGACUCGAUCGCGAUCCAAUCAAUGAGCUUAUCCCCUACAAUGAUCCAUUAUCUAUAUACAACGAACACCUUAUUGCCAUGGUGGAAGGUGCAAUCUCUCGCGGAGAGAGUCACCCUUGUGUGACAAGUGUAAACAACCAAACUGAUAAAAUCUGUCUCGCUCUGCAAGAUCUUGAUCUCCUCGAGGAACUGGAUAGAGCUGAGUACCCUAUUCAGUUGUGUCAUUCCAUUGAAGAUGAAAACAUUCCGUUUUCCAACAUACCACCUGAUAUUACCACAAGGAAUCCAAACAUUCGAGUCAAAACUGUCUCAGGAUCACAUUGGGAGGCUACCAUGCCUUGUGUCAUUGAUUCCAUUUUCUAUGCUGUCAAUCCAUUCAAUCUCAAGUGGUACCGAGCUGAAGGUAGAACAUUCGAGGGUGGUUGUGAAGCUGGGACCCCCAAGAAUUGCAAUGUCUGGCGCAGACUCUUUAUUGGAUGCUGA